CUCCGCUACCCACUGCUGCGCGCCCUUGAGCGAGCUCUGCGCCUCAGUUUCCUCGUCUGUAAGAUGGAGGUAAUAUCGCUGCGUGCUCGGCCCCGGCUGCGGUCACUGCCGCUGCGUUACUGCUGCUGCCGUCCUGUCGUUAUAAUGACACAGCCUUUAGGGUAAAGGGCUUGAGGGCGGGCCUGGGGCCUUUCCGGAGUAAGUGGGAUCACCGCCAGGCCUGAGCAGCGGAUCGAACCCCUCUCUGAGGUCGGGUCCAGGGUUCCUACUCUUGAGUCCAGGGCUGCAGGUUACUCUCUCUCGGGCUUAGCGCUUCGCCUCUCACAGGGGCAUUAACGAUGGGGGCCUCCCUGCCUGGGCAGGAAGGAGGACUCAGCCAAGUCUUCACAAUCCUUCUUCCCGAAAGAACCAAGCAGCCAACACUUACGGACACUUAAAUCAUUUAUAAAAAUCAUCCCAUUAGUUCCUAUGAGGAAGGUACUAUUAUUGUAUCCACUUCACAGACGGGUAAACUGAGGCGAGAAGUUUCUCAAAAUCCAGGCAUUUGGUCUGAGCCGACAAGCAGGUGCAGGUGGUCAGCGGCUUAGCCUGUGCUGAGAACUUGCUGGGUCCACAACCGUCCUGACCCGUGUCCCUGCCCACAGUGACUCGGCUGGCCCGGGCAUGGCAGACCCCGUGGCGGGCAUCGCCGGCUCCGCAGCCAAGAGUGUGCGGCCGUUCCGCUCAAGCGAGGCCUACGUGGAGGCCAUGAAGGAGGACCUGGCCGAGUGGCUCAACGCCUUGUACGGCCUGGGUCUGCCCAGCGGUGGCGACGGCUUCCUGACGGGGCUGGCCACGGGCACCACUCUGUGCCAGCAUGCCAAUGCCGUCACCAAGGCCGCCCGCGCCAUGGCUGCUGCCCGGCCGGCCCGCGGGGUGGCCUUCCAGGCCCACAGCGUGGUGCCGGGCUCCUUCAUGGCCCGAGACAACGUGGCCACCUUCAUCGGCUGGUGCCGUGCGGAGCUGGGUGUGCCCGAAGUGCUCAUGUUCGAGACGGAGGACUUGGUGCUGCGCAAGAACGAGAAGAGCGUGGUGCUCUGCCUGCUGGAGGUGGCGCGGCGCGGGGCCCGCCUCGGCCUGCUGGCCCCUCGUCUCGUGCAGUUCGAGCAGGAGAUUGAGCGGGAGCUGUGCGCCGCGCCCCCGGCCCCCAACGCCCCCAGUGCGGGGGAGGACACCGCCGAGACCACCGCCCCGGGAGCUCCAGCCCGUGGGCCGCGCAUGACGCCCAGCGACCUGCGCAACCUCGAUGAGCUGGUGAGGGAGAUCUUGGGGCGCUGCACCUGCCCAGACCAGUUUCCCAUGAUCAAGGUCUCGGAGGGGAAGUACCGCGUGGGAGACUCCAGUCUGCUCAUCUUUGUGCGGGUGCUGAGGAGCCACGUGAUGGUGCGUGUGGGAGGCGGCUGGGACACGCUGGAGCACUACCUGGACAAGCACGACCCCUGCCGCUGCUCCUCCGCGGCCCACCGCCCGCCCCAGCCCAGGACGCGCACCUUCUCCCCGCAGCGAGUGUCACCCAGCCCCAGCCCCCGAGCUGGCAGCCCAGCCCCAGGUGGGGAGCGCCGGGGCUCCCGCCCAGAGGUGACACCCAUUGGCUUACGCAGCUGGAAGGAGGGGCCCGAGACCCCACUCAGGGUCCGGGACCAGCUGCCCCCCCAUCCCCGCUCCCGCCGUUACUCUGGGGACAGCGAUUCCUCAGCCUCCUCGGCCCAGAGCGGCCCCCUUGGUGCCCGCAGUGAAGACUCAGGCACUGGCCCCCGGCGGGAGCGUCCCAGCCGGCGUGUGACCACGGGCACCCCGGCCUCCCCGAGACGGCCUCCCGCCCCACGCAGCCAGUCCCGGGACCGGCUGGAUCGGGGGCGGCCGCGUGGGGCCCCAGGAGGCAGGGGAGGCCAGCUAUCCGCCCCCAGCCCUGCCCGGCGGGCCCGGAGUCAGAGCCGUGAAGACCAGGCAGUGCUGCUGGUGCGUCGGGACCGAGAUGGACAGCACUCCUGGGUGCCGCGGGGCAGAAGCAGCCCCCACACUCCCCGUGCCCACAGCCCUGCAGCUCCCAGGGGCCCCAGCCCCAGUCCAGAGUUGAGCACAGUCCCGGCCAGUGUCUUCCGCACACCCUUGCAGCUUGACCCAAAGCAGGAACAGCAACUGUUUCGGCGCCUGGAAGAGGAGUUCCUGGCCAACGCCCGAGCCCUUGAGGCUGUUACUGGUGGGACCCCCAGUGGACCAGCCCCUGACCCAAUUCGGGCCCCAGACCCUCCAGCUCCUGACUCAGCCUACUGUUCCUCCAGCUCCUCUUCUUUGUCCCUCAGCGUCCUGGGUAGCAAGUGUGGGCAACCCGGGGACUCUGGCAGGAUGGCCAAUGGGCUGCCUGGGCCCCGAGGCCCAGCCCUGUCCAGCUCUUCCGAUGAGGGCAGCCCCUGCCCCGGUGUAGGGGGCCCACCAGAUGCUCCGGGGAGUCCUCUGACCGGCCCAGAGCCCCUGAGGACCUGGGCACGAGGCCGGAUGGACACACAGCCAGACCGAAAACCCUCACGCAUCCCCACACCAAGGGGCCCCCGCCGCCAACCCGGACCCACGGGGUCCGGGACCUGGCAUGCCCUUCACUCAGUCAGCCCAAGGACGGAGCCGGAUUCCUGGAUGUGACGGACCAGCCCAGCUGCCCCCAGUCCCCUGUUCCCUCUCUCCUUUUCCUUUGUGGCCUUAACCCCUCUGCAUCAGGGAGUGCCCCUGCCUCUUGGGGACCAGACCUCAUGGGACCAGACCCCUCGGGACCACAUGGCACAAUGGGACUUCUGGUGUACAUUCCGCUUGGGGGAUGAGCAUUGCUAUUUAAUUACUAAUAUUAUUGAAUGCCUUAGAGGAGGCUGGGCCAGCCCAGUAAGGACCCUUCCUGAGGUCCCGUGGCCCUGCAGAGCCUGACAGUAAAGUUUUCUUCCAGCUA